UAAUCUUAUAAACUGCUUUGGAAGCUUAGAUUUUUUUCUAUCUCCAGCAGCAGGAAGUCUUCGUUUUCUUGUUUAGAAAAACACAUUGCUAUGAGAAGACAUGGGUUGAAGUUUGCCUGUGGAUAGAGCUUGAUUAACCAGACCUCCGUGUUUCAUUAACUUUUUGCUAUUAGAAUAUUUACUUUCUUUGUUUUUGGUCUAGCAAGUUGGCACAAGUCAAGAGUUGUGUGUGGGAAGACACCUCAGCGGAGUCGAGCUUACUGUCACUUUACUUUCCAAUCAGUUUCUUUUACUGAUGCAUAAACAUUAUCCCAAUGCAAUGCUUUUCCUGCAAAUAAAAUUAUUUCUGCUAGUAGAAAGGAACUGUACGUCAUUGAUCUUUGCCGUUUUUACGGUGAACCUCCUUAAAUUGCAUGUAUAUGUUACUGUUCCUAUGUAUGUGUGUCUCUCUAUCACAUAACCCAGAACUUAUUUCCUCAGCCAAAUGGCUAGGGGCCGAGCCUAGCCAUGAUUUUACCUCCAAUGGACGCAAGUUUCUAUGGUGAAGAUAUCUCCUGAGAGUUCGGGACUAGCAGAAAGAAGCGAGGAAAUUUCGACCGUUUGGUUCUUACGGAUAGGUAUUUAUGUAUUCGGGUUUGUGUGAAUGUAAGCUAUUUGACUUUCCAGAAAAACGUAUUUUGCAAGUGACAUUGAUUGGUUGGUUGAACUACAUACGGUAAGAGCUGUUAAGGAAAUGAAUCCCACUUAAACUAUUAAAGGAUACUUUUGCCUUUAAUUGUAGUAAUUUAUUAUUUUCUUUGAGAGGAAUUUAGACAAUUAAAUUUUCGAUAGUUGGUGACAAAUGAUUAGCAAAAUUAAACGUAACUUCUAAAAGGAAAUAUGUUUUAACACAUAAGUUUUUUUUUCAUUUUUAAUGGGUAAGUAUUUAAGUAGUCACAUAAACCCAAGUCCUAAGUUUCUUGCAUUGACCAGCUCUUUCAUCUUGCAGGUAUGAUGGACGUGGUCACCUGCAUGACCUUUCUGAAUAUGAUGCUGAAUACUCUACAUGGAACAGAGAUUAUCAAUUGUCUGAAGAGGAAGCUAGAAUAGAUGCCCUCUGUGAUGAAGAGAGAGGAGGAAUAUAAAAGAUUGAGUGAAGCUUUGGCAGAGGACGGCACAUACAAUGCAGUGGGAUUCCGUUAUGGCAGUGAUUAUUAUGAUCCUUCAGAACCCACUGAGGAGGAGGAGAAUCAGCCUGCAAAACAAAGAGAAACAGCUCAGACAGAAAAUGCGGAAGAAAAUGAGGAACCUUUUGUUGCACCUCCAGGACUGAAUGUACCUUCUGAUGUGGAAUUGCCACCAACAGCAAAAAUGCAUGCAAUUAUAGAACGAACUGCAAACUUUGUUUGUAAGCAGGGAGCACAGUUUGAGAUUAUGCUAAAAGCCAAGCAAGCACGCAACUCCCAGUUUGACUUCUUGCGAUUUGAUCACUACCUCAAUCCUUACUACAAAUUCAUUCAGAAAGCUAUGAAAGAGGGACGAUAUGCUGCUCCUUCUGAAAAUAAAUCAGAAGAUAAAAAAAAUUCAAAAGCCAAAUCUGAGGAAGAUGAUGACGACGACGAUGAUGAUGAUGGAAACUAUCUACAUCCAAGUCUGUUUGCAUCUAAAAAAUGCAGUAGGCUUGAAGAGCUUAUGAAGCCUCUGAAGGUAGUGGACCCUGAUCAUCCGCUUGCUGCGCUGGUCCGCAAAGCACAAUCGGAUAACAACUCAUCUGCACCACAGUCAACAGAUGGAGCAGCUGUACAGACAUCACAAGUAGAAUAUUCUUCUGAUUCAACUGUGGCAGCCAUGUAUUACAGUUACUACAUGCUACCUGACGGAACCUACUGCCUCGCACCUCCGCCUCCAGGAAUAGAUGUUACCACCUACUAUAACGCAUUGCCUGCAGGGGUGACUGUAUCGGGCACUACGGGGGUAGCAACAGUGCCACCACCCCCGGGUACUACACCUCCACCUCCCCCAGAAACAACCGAGAGCAGCAGCGCGGUGACUUCCACCACCACUUCUACAAGCACAAUUGCUCCAGUGGUUGCCAUUAUACCUCCACCACCAGACAUCCAGCCUGUUAUCGACAAGCUAGCUGAAUAUGUUGCUAGGAAUGGAGUUAAAUUUGAAACUAGUGUUCGUGCAAAGAAUGAUCUUAGAUUUGAAUUUCUGCAGCCAUGGCACCAGUAUAAUGCUUAUUAUGAAUUUAAAAAACAGUUCUUCCUUCAAAAGGAGAGCAGUGACAACUCUCAGGGAGUAUCUUCAUCUGAAGAUGUUCCAGCAGAUACUGCCUGUGAUACACCGAGUGAAACUCAGUUUGCAGAGGAACAUACACCCGAGGAUGCGUCUGAAUCGAGUGCUAAGGGAGUUCCGGGGACUAAAAAGGAUGUUCCUCCUUCUAAAGCUAUUAGUGAUGGUAAAUUGGUGAAAGCAUCAUUUGCUCCAAUAAGCUUUGCAAUCAAGGCCAAGGAAAAUGACCUUCUUCCCUUGGAGAAAAACCGUGUUAAAUUAGAUGAUGACAGUGAUGAGGAGGAAGAAGAGGGCAAGGAAGGCCAAGAGAAUGCUAUUACUACUACAAACCAUACGCCAGCUGUUACCACUCCUUGUACUGUUAGUGAAGAGAAAAAACCUCAACUUACACAGGAGGAGUUGGAAGCUAAACAAGCAAAACAGAAGCUAGAGGAUAGGCUAGCUGCUGCAGCGAGAGAGAAGCUUGCACAAGCCUCCAAAGAAUCAAAAGAAAAGCAAUUGCAAGCUGAACGCAAAAGGAAAGCUGCACUGUUCUUGCAGACCCUGAAAAAUCCUCUUGCAGAAGCAGAAGUUGAGAAGAUUGAGGAGAAUUCCUUCAGUAUUGAGAGCGUCAGUAGUUUACCAUGUCCUGUCACUGCGGUAAGAACGUUAUCAACUUCAGAAGUUAAACAAGCAGAAAGACCUUCCAGCAGAAGCAAAGAUCCUCCUAGAGAUGAAGAAAAAGAAAAGAAAAGAAAGAAACAUAAGAAAAGAUCUCGGACAAGAUCUCGAUCACCUUCUAAAUAUCAUUCAUCAUCUAAGUCCAGAUCUAGAUCACAUUCAAAAGCAAAGCAUUCACUUCCCACUGCCUAUAGAACUGUCAGACAUUCAAGACUCACAGCAUCCACAGGGACACUGAGCAUGGAACCGAGUCUGAGCAGCUCAUCAAUGGCAGCAGCAACAGAGCGAGAAAAUUAUCAGUCAGCUUCGACAACGAAAAGAUUUGACUGCUGGAGCUCUUUUGAGGGAAAUCCUGGUAAAAUGUCAAGGUCAAGGUCAAGGUCGCCUAGGAGAAGAGCUCACACGCCAGAAAGGCGGCGAGAGGAAAGGAGCGUUCCGACGGCGUAUCGCAUUAGCAAUAGUCCUGGAAUUAGCAGGAAACGCACACGCUCCAGGAGUCCCCAUGAAAAAAAGAAGAAGAGGCGGUCUAGAUCACGUACCAAGUCCAAAGCUAGGUCUCCUUCACCACCUGCGUCACCAGGCAAACCAUCCACACACAAAAAUUCUGUACAUUCAACUAGUGUCUCUCCUGUGGAGAGUAGGGAAUCCAGCCAGGAACGCUCCAGGGGAGUUUCUCAGGAAAAAGAUGGCCAGAUCUCUUCAGCGAUUGUUUCUUCAGUGCAGAGUAAAAUCACUCAGGAUCUUAUGGCCAAAGUGAGAGCAAUGCUUGCAGCUUCCAAAAACAUACAAACCAGUGCCUCCUGAGACCCAUUGAACUGACCAUGGAGAAAUUGUGGGGGAAAAAAUACAUAAAAACUGCCUCAUCUCAAAUGUACAGCUGAGCUUAGCUCACUUGGUUCACAACUCCCUUGUGUAAUAUUAUCAGAACUUAAGGAGCUAAAACCUACCUUUCUGUACAGAACUGUCUCCUGGGAAUUUCAUUGAAUUUUUUUCAGACAGAAUCUCUUUGGAAAGUUCUUGUUUUUUUGUAAAUUGAUUUUUUUGACUAAUUCUUCAGUAACAUUUUAUGAUCAGCAGUCUAUAUGUGUAUAUUUGUAAAUAUCAUGUUUCUGUGAUAAGGUAUUACACAAUAAUAAAGAAGGAAACGCCUUUCAUUAGCUA